GUUCCCGGGCCGGGCCCCGGCGGAGGCGGCCGCGCUGACCCCGCGACGCCCGCGUCCCGACGGCUGCACCUGCUUUCACAACCCGACGACUUUCUUCCCAGGAGGACCCCGUUCUGGAGCGGUAUUUUAAGGGCCACAAAGCUGCGAUCACGUCCGUGGACUUCAGUCCCAACGGCAAACAACUUGGAAGGAUCACGAACCGCUCCGUACAACACUAAGGGUGAAGAAUAUAUAAAAGUCCUGUGAACAUCUAUGAUACUAUCAGUGAACCGUUUCGCAAUGAGCGAUGUCAGCGCCCGCCAGGCCGCCUCUCUGUUCUGCUCAGCUACUGCUUCUUGGGAUACGUUCCUCAUGCUAUGGAAUUGCAAGCCACAAGCUAGAGCUUUCAGAUAUGUGGGUCACAAGGAUGUGGUAACCAGCGUGCAGUUUUCCCCACUUGGAAACUUACUGGCAUCUGCUUCAAGAGACAGAACCAUUAGACUCUGGAUUCCUGAUAAGAGAGGAAAAUCCUCUGAAUUUAAAGCUCAUACAGCUCCAGUUCGAAGUAUAGACUUUUCAGCCGAUGGCCAGUUUCUAGCUACAGCUUCUGAAGACAAAUCUAUCAAAGUAUGGAACAUGUAUCGCCAGCGUUUCUUGUAUUCCUUGUACCGACAUACCCACUGGGUACGCUGUGCCAAAUUUUCACCUGAUGGAAGGCUAAUUGUAUCAUGUAGUGAAGAUAAAACUAUUAAAAUUUGGGAUACCACAAAUAAGCAGUGUGUUAAUAACUUCUCAGAUUCUGUAGGGUUUGCAAAUUUUGUGGGUUUUAACCCUACUGGUACAUGCAUAGCUUCAGCAGGUUCUGAUCAUACCGUGAAAAUCUGGGAUAUAAGAGUAAACAAAUUGCUCCAGCAUUAUCAAGUUCACAGCGGUGGAGUUAAUUGUGUAUCAUUCCAUCCUUCGGGUAACUAUCUCAUCACUGCGUCUUCAGAUGGCACACUUAAGAUUCUGGAUCUCUUAGAAGGAAGACUUAUAUACACACUUCAAGGACAUACGGGACCUGUCUUUACUGUUUCAUUCUCAAAAGGUGGAGACCUAUUUAGCUCCGGAGGUGCAGAUGCACAGGUCUUAUUAUGGAGGACUAAUUUUGAUGGCUUGAAUUGUAAAGACAUUAUUAAAAGAAAUCUCAAAAGAUUGCAUUUUGAUUCAUCACCACAUCUUGUUGAUAUAUACCCAAGAACACCACAUCCCCAUGAAGGAAAAAUUGAGACUGUUGAAAUUAAUCCAAAGCUUGAGGUAAUCGAUUUGCAGACUUCUUCUCCCCCUGUUAUGGACAUCCUUUCUUUUGAUUCUACUACAACAACAGAUACCACUGUUAGAACCUUAGCAGACAAAGGUGAAGAGAUCAACAGUUAUUUCUUGAACCCUUCUUUAUUGUCAUCGGAAUGUUCACCAACAACCUCGAAAAAGAAAACAGAAGACACGAGUGACUUCCCUUCUGAGAGCCAGAGAAGCAUACCACUCGCCGUGACUGAUGCUUUAGAGCACAUCAUGGAACAACUCAGUGUUUUGACACAGACUGUUUCAAUCUUGGAGCAGCGACUGACUUUGACAGAGGAUAAGCUGAAAGACUGCCUUGAAAAUCAGCACAGGCUUUUCAAUGCUAUCCAGCAGAAAAGUUAAAUAGAAAAGUAUGAGCAGAGGCAUGAUAAACGAACACAUGUACAUAGGCUCGGGAAGGUAGUAUGAGACGCUCCCUUCAUGCAACACAAGCAUGUGCUGAUUAUAAUGAUCAUGGCAUCUCUUAAAAGGAUGAGCAACAGAACCAAAGGCAGAAAAGGCACAAUUAACGACCAAUUUAAACACACAAAUCAAUGUCAAGGACUAAUUCAAAUCAUUACUGAUUAUAAUUGCAGUAAUAAAGUGGUAAGUAUUCAAGUGGCUCUGUAUUUUCCCCCAUAUUAUUUUAAAUGCCAGUUUUCAUUUAUAGUCCAAAUCCUGCCAGGAAAGUAAUCAAAUCUUUGAGUUUCAUUGUUAAAUCAUUGCAGUUAAUCACGUUCAGGCAAUUCCUUAAAGCAAUGGAUGUGUUUCUUUAGUGAACAACACCGUUGGGGUGAAGUAAUACAGUUACCUCUAAAACAGCAUCCUGUAUGCAGAUAAUGAGUUAGUGCUCUGACUCAUAUUUCUUUUAGCUCAAAAACAUUUAUUCUUUCUUAACAAUGCCCUGAAAUGCUGAUCUUACAAAAUUCCCAAAGUGUAGAAUUUCCACAGCAAGAACACGCUUAUUUUAAUUAGCAACAGCACAUACGUGGCACAGGGCGGUGGGUUGUUACUUAACUUAUGUUGUACAUGGCUUAUCCUUUGCUCAACCUGAAAAAAAAUGAAGAGCUAAAAAUGCAAGAAGCCCACGCGUCUUUCCUCUCGUAGAUGAGUGCACUGAAUGAUUUGGGUUGUGUCCAGACCUAUGCCCUGGUUUACAAAGCCGGCCUUAAGAGUGGUUUCAGUAAGCUCUGGAGCUUGAAAGAUGCAACGGUGAUAUUUACAAAUACACACACAUGUACAUUCACAUGCUUCAGAAAUGUUGCUGAGGGUGAUUUUGGCAGCUGAGUAAUAAGUCCGUAUAAUAUUCACAUCAUUGUCUUCCUAUUUUUUUUUAAAUGAAUGUGAUUUAAAACAAAAUGAAAU